AUGGAAGGAAAAGAAAAAGCUGAGCAUCUUCUUGCUUUGAAAGUUAUGCGCCUUACUAGACCUACCCUUUGCUGUCCAGUUAUAGUCACGAGUGACAGCAGAGACUUGCCGAAUAAUUUAUUAAAUAAUGAUCUAAAACAGGAUAUUACAGCUGUGCCCUCUGUGGAAACCCUAAUAUCUGGUCAGUUUAUGUUGCUCCCACAAAGUUUUGGGAAUAUUUAUUUGGGAGAAACCUUUUCCAGUUGCAUUUGUGUGCACAAUGACAGUAACCAGAUUGCAAAACAUGUUUCUUUGAAAGCAGAUUUGCAAACAAGCACACAGCGUCUUCUUCUGUCUAGCACCUCAGAACCUCAAACUGUAGAACUUCAUCCUCAACAGACUCUCGAUGAUGUUAUUCAUCAUGAGGUCACUGAAGUUGGAGUCCACAUUCUUGUGUGUGAAGUAAGCUAUGUAACUACUGCAAACAUUAGGUUGUCUUUUCGUAAAUUUUUCAAGUUUCAAGUAUUGGAACCAUUGGAUGUGAAAACAAAAUUUUAUAAUGCUGAAUCUGAUGAAGUAUACUUAGAAGCUCAAGUUCAGAAUAUUACAUCUGGGCCCAUCUGUCUUGAGAAAGUGACAUUGGAGUCGUCUCACUUAUUCAGUGUUACUGCAUUGAAUUCAGCUGCCAGUGGCGAAUCUAUCUUUGGUCAUGUUAAUGUUCUUCAACCUCAUGCAAGUCGUCAAUUCCUGUACUGUUUGGCUCCUCAAGCUGCUCUGACAUCUGAUCUUCGUCUUUUAAGUGGUGCUACAAAUGUAGGAAAAUUGGACAUAGUAUGGCGUUCAAAUUUAGGAGGAAGAGGUCGUUUGCAAACUAGUCAGUUGCAGCGAAUGGCUCCCGACUAUGGUGAUAUAAGACUGUCAAUCCAAGAAAUUCCAAAUAUAGUUUAUUUGGAAGAAGUGUUUGUUAUAGUUUUUAAAGUAAUAAAUACAUGUGAGAGAUCAGUGGAUCUAGUCUUGGAGUUGGAACACAGUAAUAACUCAGGCCUUGUUUGGAGUGGAGUUUCUGGAAAACAACAAUCCAAAAUUGAACCUGGUGCAUCUCUGCUUUUUAAAUUAAAUCUUAUCCCUAUUGAAGCAGGUUUACAAAAUGUAUCUGGUGUACGGUUCACAGAUACUUUUCUAAAACGAACAUAUGAGUAUGAUGAUUUUGCACAAGUAUUUGUAAUGCAAAAAAAUAACAAAUAA